AUGGCUUUAAUCGCCCCUCCGGCGCUUCUCCUCCCUCUGAGCCUUCCUACUACCCUUCCGUCUCCGCACGAAUUAUUCCCCGCCACCGUUACCACCGCCACUCGGCGCCAUUCAACCAUUCGCCUCUCCGCCAUUGUCAAAUUUAACCGCUUCUCUCUCAAGCUCACUACCUCCCGGCACAAACUAUCCCCCAUCAUCAUCAGCACCGCCACCCGCCGCUAUUCCACCAUUCGCCUCUCCGCCUCCGUCAAACCCCACCGCGCUCCUCUCAAUUUCACUAAAUACCAUCCCUUCCGGCAAAAGUUAUCCCUCACCACCGCCACUCCCCUCUCCUCCCCCAUCAAAUCUCUUCUCUCCUCUCUCUCCUCACUGGACCAUUAUAAACUUCUCAAAAGUCCACCCUUCCCCAAACCCCUCCUCUCUCUUAUUGAAACCCUAGCCCUCUCCGCCGCAUCCGCCCUCAUCAUCCACUUAGCUUUCUCCUCUCCAUCCGUCAUCAACCGUAUUGGAGGUGGAAAUGGCGGUUCCGGCGGUGGAGGUGGCGGCAGUGGCGGAGGUGGUGGAGGAAACGGGAAUUUCUGGUCUAGGAUAUUUUCUGCAGCGGCAAUCGCAAAAGAUGCCGACCCUUCUCAAGAAUGGGACUCUCAUGGCCUACCUGCCUCCAUUGUCGUCCAGCUCAACAAGCUCAGUGGAUUCAAGAAAUACAAAGUCUCCGACAUUCUCUUCUUCGAUCGGCGACGCCGGGAAACCGUGGGCACCGAGGACUCUUUCUUCGAAAUGGUAACGCUUCGAUCCGGUGGUGUAUAUACCAAAGCCCAGCUACAAAAAGAGCUUGAAACUCUAGCCACUAGUGGGAUGUUCGAAAAAGUCGAUCUAGAGGGUAAAACAAACCCGGAUGGUACAAUUGGGAUAACGAUAUCCUUCUUGGAGAGUACUUGGCAAUCUGCAGAUAGGUUUAGGUGUAUUAAUGUAGGUUUGAUGCCACAAUCCAAGCCAGUUGAAAUGGAUUCAGAUAUGACUGAUAAGGAGAUGUUGGAAUAUUUCAGGAGUCAAGAGAAGGAUUAUAAGCGUAGAAUGGAGAGAGCAAGGGCCUGUUUAUUGCCAAUGCCAGUGCAUAAGGAGGUUGUGCAAAUGUUGAGAGAGGAAGGGAAGCUGAGUGCUCGGUUGUUACAGAAGAUAAGGGACAUGGUCCAGAAGGCAUACCAUGAUUUGGGGUAUGUCUGCGCUAAUGUUGUGAAUUUUGGGAAUUUGAAUACCAAGGAGGUGGUCUGUGAGGUGGUGGAAGGUGAUAUUACCCAAUUACUGAUUCAGUUUCAGGAUAAGCUUGGGAACUUGUGUGAAGGGAAUACUCAGCUUUCUGUGAUCAAGAGAGAAUUGCCCAAGCAGCUUCGGCCAGGGAAUGUUUUCAACAUUGAAGCAGGGAAACAAGCAUUGAGAAACAUUAACUCACUUGCCCUGUUUUCAAAUAUCGAAGUCAAUCCACGACCAGACGAGAAGAAUGAAGGGGGAAUCAUUGUAGAAAUUAAACUUAAAGAACUGGAACAGAAGUCAGCUGAAGUUAGUACGGAGUGGACAAUUGUUCCUGGACGUGGUGGUCGCCCUUCAUUGGCUUCAAUCCAGCCUGGUGGAACUGUUUCCUUUGAGCAUCGGAAUAUCAAAGGCCUCAAUAGGUCCAUUCUUGGUUCAGUGACCUCUAGCAACUUACUCAAUCCUCAGGAUGAUCUCGCUUUUAAACUUGAGUAUGUGCAUCCAUAUUUUGAUGGUGUAUAUAACCCUCGCAACCGGACUUUCCGUGCAAGCUGCUUUAAUAGCAGAAAAUUGAGUGCGGUCUUCACGGGUGGGCCUGGAUUGGACGAAGUCCCCCCUAUAUGGGUUGAUCGAGCUGGCUUGAAAGCCAAUCUAACAGAGAAUUUCACUCGUCAGAGCAAAUUCACUUAUGGACUAGUGAUGGAAGAGAUAACAGCACGUGAUGAAAGCAGUCACAUAUCUGCUACUGGUCAACGGGUGUUGCCAAGUGGAGGAAUCAGCGCAGAUGGACCUCCAACAACACUCAGUGGCACUGGCAUUGAUCGAAUGGUUUUUGCACAAGCAAAUAUCACACAAGAUAACACCAAGUUUGUAAAUGGAGCAUUAGUUGGUGAUAGGAAUGUAUUCCAGCUUGACCAAGGACUUGGCAUCGGGAGUAAGAAUCCGUUCUUUAACCGCCAUCAGCUAACGUUGACCAGAUUCAUCCAGUUAAAACAAGUGGAGGAAGGUGCCAGUAAACCACCACCGCCUGUGCUAGUCCUUCAUGGACAUUAUGGUGGUUAUGUGGGAGAUCUUCCUAGUUAUGAUGCAUUUACACUAGGUGGACCAUAUUCAGUGAGGGGUUACAACAUGGGAGAAAUAGGUGCAGCCAGAAAUAUCCUUGAGGUUGCUGCUGAGUUACGGAUUCCUGUUAGAAGCACACAUGCAUAUGCAUUUGCAGAGCACGGGAAUGAUUUGGGGAGUUCAAAGGAUGUCAAGGGAAAUCCAACCAGCAUCUACAGGCGAAUGGGUCAUGGUUCCUCAUAUGGUGUUGGGAUCAAGCUAGGUCUAGUACGAGCGGAGUAUGCAAUGGAUCAUAAUUCUGGGACGGGUGCCAUCUUCUUCCGGUUUGGAGAGAGAUUCUGAGGUGUCUUUAAAGUUUCGUGAUUUUGCCUAAUACAUUCACUCGUUUGGUGACUGAAAAGAUGUCCUGUAUCCAACAUGGAUGUCAAGUCUUAAGAGUUGUUGUAUAGAUGAUCUAAGCAGAUAGAUGAUUUUGGUGAGCUUCAUGUUUUACGUGGUUUAUUCCAUUCUUUUAUUCAUUGCUGUAUAAAAGUCCUAGGAAGAUUUGAGGAGUUGGAUGAAUCAAGGACGAUGAUAUUCCUUUUUUUCUAUGGGGUUUCUACCAUAUUGUUUUCCCGUUGCUAAAUGGGAGGUUUCAUAUAAUAUUUUUUGCUCAAUUAUGAAAGUUUUUUUAUGAAAUAUUAUGUGCG